CUCAUACGAAGAUCACCGGGCCUUAGGCGUCUGCCCAACUCUCUCAUCGGAGAUCUCAAAGGUUGGAGUAUACCUGAUGGUAAGGAUAGGGGAACAAUCACCAUAUGUCUAUGGUACUGGGGCAAAUGAAGUGAUGGAGAAAGUGUUUCGUUGGCGUUGCACUCCUUCUUUACAGAAUAGAAGAGCUAUCCCGGAGCCCUUCCGCCCUACGACACUUCAAACAAUGAGUAUGAACCAUCCGAAUAUCAUCGAUUUUAUAAAUUGGGGCUGUAUAAGAGAUCAGUUGAUCUAUAAGCACGGAACCUACGACAUGGAGCAAAUGUUCACCGAUCUUUUGUUGAACACCGUCAUCGAGAUCCCGCAGUUCCAAGUCUCCAUCAAUAUCUUGGACACAUUCAUCCAAAUAGUCUUCAGUACUACAGCAGCUGCAUCUUUCAGUGGCAAAGACCAAGACAGUCACGGGAUGUCUCCCAGCUUCAACACUACCGCGACGCCUCCGACCAUCCGACUCGAUGAGCUCCCACGUCGGUGCCGCGAGCACAUUAUCAAUAUUGUUCGAGAGAUGCCUACACACACGAUCCCGAAACUCAAGCUGAAAUCCUUGCCCUUGACACAGAAUCGCCUGCAGAGGCACCAGUUAGCUUCCAAAUGGGGCCUGUAUCAGCUGGUUAGUUGGAAAGUCAGUAAGGAAUUUGCAAUGGUACAUCCGGAAAUUGAUUGCUCGUCCGGUAAGUAGCAUUUUAGCGGUUUCUCCUCUCUGGCACGCUGGGCAUGAGAAAAGUGGCACAGUCAUCAAGUGCUCUGCUCGUAUGUACACCUGUCUGCCACUGCAUGAAGUGCUUCAACAAGUUUCCACAUAGCCCAAGGUGAAGAGCUUCUAUCUCGUUCAGAUUCCCGAAACGCAUUGAAGCAACUCAAGCGGUGGCAGAUAGAUGUACACGAG